AUGAUUCAGAAUAAAAUUCAUUGCAUUCUUCUCGGCUUCUGGAUUUUUUCGAUAAUUUUUGAACCUUCAAAUGCUCGAAAACUCAGCAAACAGGAAUUUCUGGACAAGUGGAACCAACGAAGACGUCUCGUAGCAGAAAAGUUCCGCAUUCCUGAUAUGUGGAAAUUGGAGUACAACAAAACACUGGAGGACAAAGCAAAAAAUACUGGAGGAUAUGAUUCAGAACAAGGAAAUCAAUUUAUUUCCGAUUACAAUGUUUCGUUUUUUGAAGAAUACGACGAUGCUCGUUUUAAGAAACAGUUCCUGAUGAACCACGAUACCGACUCUAAGAAACUGUACAGUGUUCCAAUGGAUCCAUUUCGAAGAACUAUUGGAUGUUAUGAACGAAAAAAUGAGUACUGGGCAGUUGGACGUAAAAACGAGGCGGUAUAUCCAUAUCAUGUGUUGUGCUUCAUUUCACCAGAACACGGAACUGUCAACGAUACGAAAGGAGAUCAAGAUGUGAUGGAGGUCGUAAUGAAGAUGGCCUGUGUGUCCCAGGACUCUUAG